AUGGGUGAAGAAGUUACGUUUGCGGAAUUGAAAGAGCUGGCCGGCUCUAUAAAAGAGCAGUUUGUUGAUCCAUACAAAAAUGAUAUCGGGGCUUUAAAGAAGAUUAGCAGCGAGACUAAGCUACAAGGUUCUGAUCCACUGACGGAACUAGAGAAAUUGGCCAAGAUUCUAAAAGCAUACUCCACAAAACUGGGUAUUAUUUGCGAGCCCUCAAAGCUGCACGGUAAUUAUCAUGCAGCAUAUACGGAGUUGAAGAACUAUGCAGAUUCCCUUUUCUAUUUAUUGAGUCUUCUCCCUCUGUUCACUCGUGAGCAAGGUAAACUUUAUGCGUCUUAUUUAAACGAAGACGUCUUCACACAAGUUUUGGGGUUGCUUAACGGUACUGAGAUGCUAUGUGAUGAGAUCUGCAGCAGUAGCAAAGAGAAUGAGGGUGAUAAUAAGGACAGAUUGAUAUCUGUAGGUAUAAUAUGGGCAUCAUGUGACGAAUUAUGCGAUAUAGUCAAAGGAGGUAAUUAUGGGCUUCUAUCGAAACGUAUUGCAUUGAGUUGCGGAUUGGUUGAUGAUGUGUUGGAAGAUAUUCAUGGUUGGCUAGAAGACCCGCAACUCGAAGGUGCAGAUGAUUUCCUAGGUGAUGAUCUGGACUCUAUAGAUGAAUUGGAAGACGGUGUUAAGAAAAUGGGCAUUGAUGGUGAUGACGAAGAAAUGAUUGAGAUUGUUAAAAAGUUCCUAUCCGAAUGGCAAACUAAAAUAAAGAUGAUAAAAUUGCUUCUAUCGUCAUUUUCUAAAUCUAUUACAUUAACUACGGGUAAAAAUAUACCAAAUCUUGGUUCGAAGUUGGAUGAACUUAAUAAACUGCAUAAACAAGUUAUUUUGCAUCUUGAUGAGCUUGUAUCUGAUGUAUUUAUGUCUGGCGCAGCAUUCGACGAAGAUGAAAUGGGGCCUUCAAUUGCUGAUCUUAACGACACUCUGGCUAAAAUGGUACACAUAAUAAAGGAGAUCAGUAAACAAGAUCCAAAGAAGUCCAAGUGGAUAGAUGUUUGGAAUAACAAGUAUUUUGAGUAA